UCACUGCUGAAACCUAACACCGAGAAGCAAAUCCAUCUCCUGCCCGCAACCUCUUUCGCUAACAAGUCAAGGCACCUCCUGAAGUCAAUGCCUGGAGGGGCGUCAGGGAGGACGAGGAGCGGCUGUUCCCAGUUUACUUGGCAUUCAAGACACUGAUACUGAACGCAGACUUCUGACAUACACACACACACACACAUACACACACUCGCACACACACUCACACCGUUUGUCAUUAUCCACAUGCCAUUCUCUCCAGUCUGAACGCUUGCUCGUCCACAGUAAAGCAUCUGCAUCCAUCCAUCCAUCCAUCCAUCCAUCGAUCGAUCGAUCGAUCGAUCCCACGCCAGGGUCUGAGAGAGUUUAUGCUUCUUUGCCGGAGGAGCGAUGCAGUCCUCAAAUCACACAACUUCCCCGUCUGCAACAUGUGGAUAACGUGCUAGUUCGGACUUCGCUGCUUGGACAAAUGCAUACAAAUGCAUUUAGGAGCCCAAAGGACAAGGAGUGGAAUCAUCUCUCCCCCCGUGAAAACGAACUCCCUCCUUUUCUUGCUUACAGUAUGUUUGACUGCCGGAAUUGCACAAGGACAUUCGCAAGGUAUAGACAUUCUCCAGAGACUUGGUUUCACAGAAAACAACGGACAGCGCCUGUCCUCAUCGCCCACGCAACCAUGGCCAUCACUUUCAUUACCUCAGGGGGUCCUGAUGACAGAAUUGGGCAUCAUGCUGUCAAGCGAAGCCCACAUUGAGACUCAAGCAGAAAGCAUCGUACCACUAGAUAUUGGAAGUGAAUUCACAAUAAUAGCUAGCCUCCGCUCUCAUAGAGUUAAUAACGCCUUUCUUUUUAGUAUUAGAAAUAAAAACAGAAUACAGUUUGGUGUACAGAUUUUACCAAGAAAGUUAGUCGUGUAUAUCGCAGAAAAGCCGUCUGUAUAUUUUGAUUACAAUGCUCACGAUGGACAAUGGCAUUCAUUUGCUAUUGAAAUUAAAGGUAAAACUGCUUCCUUUUCUGCUGACUGUGGUAAAAAACAUUUCAGUAAAGAGCUCCUUAAAAAGCCACAGAAAUUUGUUUCGAAUAGCAAACUCGUUUUAGGAAGAAUGAACUUCAAAUCUGCUCCGUUUGAAGGUGUUAUUUGCCAGCUAGAUAUUUAUCCUAAUGCUCAAGCUUCUACAAACUAUUGCAAUUAUGUGAAGAAACAAUGUCGUCGGGCGGACACAUAUCGAUCUCAGUCACCUUCAUUAACUACUGCUUCUUAUAAAGAUACCAGCUCCAGAUCUCAGUUAACGUCCUCGCCAUUCAGUGAAGGAACACAACCAACCAGCUCAUCAUUAAUCUCACUUUAUGUCAAUCCUGAAGAACAGCAAAAGAUUCAGGACACUACCAUGUAUUUAAAUCAAUCAUUGACAAGCACCACAGAGCCCAAUGCAGUAACAAGCUCUCCUGAACCAAGAAUUUCUUUUACAUCAGCUCCGACUACAACAUUGCCAACUCCUAACAUCACUGAUCCCAUGCAGUUACAUCAGACCUUGAACACUGACAUUGAAUCUCGGGUUGUGGGGGCUGUGACUGGGCAGCCAAAUGUCAGCUUUAAUCUUGGGAAUGCAGAGGAAUCACCCGUAGAGCAGAAAACAAAGGAAAAUCAAUCCGACAAUGCUACCGAGGGUGACAGAGGAGGCAAAUUGCUGUCUGUGGUUAGAGAGCUGCCUCCUCUAACUUCGCUUGUGAAACAAAGUAAGAUAACAGAAAGUCUCAACAAAAGAAACCAGUCCGGAAUUAUUAAACAAAAAUCAGAUGAGCUCAUGGAAAUACAGAUGAUAAAUGCAACCUUGUAUAGAUCGUCACAGGAAACCUCUUCAAAAAAUCAAUUUGAUUUAUGGGAUGAAAACAUUCACUCUAAUGAGGAUACAGAACACAACAUGGAAAAGCCAUACGACAUUGAUAUUGAAAGCUACGACUAUGAUUAUGAAGACUUCACUGACCUUUUUGAUUACGAAGAUUUAAAAGGGUCAAAAGGGGAGCCAGGACCACCAUUGGGCUAUAAUGCCACAUGCUCAACUGAUGAUAGUAUCGUGGCUGUGAAUGAAAUUGUUUUCAUGCACAUUAUGGAUGGAAAUCGUCCAAAUCUGGGACCUCCAGGCCCACCUGGUCUACCUGGUCCCACUGGAAGAAGAGGACCAAGGGGGAUGUCAGGACCACAUGGGAAUCCAGGAUUGCCAGGAUUCCCUGGCCCAAAGGGUUCAAAAGGAGAUCCAGGCUUAACACCUAGUAAAGCACCACCUGGAGAAAAGGGGGAUGAAGGUCCAAUUGGUCCAACGGGUCCUCCAGGUCCCCGAGGUCAGAAGGGUCCCAAAGGAUAUCAGGGACCACCAGGUCUGCUGGGAGAGCAGGGAAUUACAGGGCCAAUUGGCAGUCCUGGCAAAGCUGGUUACCCUGGCAGGCAGGGUUUAGCUGGACCAGAAGGUAACCCAGGUCCCAAAGGUGUAAGGGGUUUUAUCGGUUCUCCGGGGACAAUGGGACCACCUGGACCUGAAGGAAAACGAGGUGUGAUUGGUCCCAGUGGAAAAAGAGGUCCAAAGGGCAGACAGGGUUUUGUAGGCGAUUUUGGAGCAAGAGGUCCUCCUGGUUCAGAUGGCAACCCUGGGAUUGUGGGUGGUGUUGGCCCUUCUGGAUUUCCUGGUCUCAGAGGUAAUUUGGGUCCUGUGGGAUUGCGUGGACUCCAAGGAAUUUCAGGACCUCAGGGCUUGGUGGGAAAUGUCGGGCAACCUGGAUUGAAAGGUGAUAAGGGUGAGCAUGGUCUAGUGGGAGCAUCUGGAGAAAGAGGAUAUCCAGGAGACCGGGGCACAAUUGGUUUACCGGGGCCACCAGGAGUUAAAGGAAAACAAGGACCACUGGGUAAAGUUGGUGAUUCUGGGCCGCAGGGUUUGACAGGUUCUGCUGGACCAGAGGGUUUCCCAGGAGACAUUGGCUUGCCUGGUCCAAAUGGCCCAGAAGGCCCAAAGGGAAUUUUUGGUGAAAGAGGCCCACCGGGGCCACUUGGUUCAAGAGGACCACAGGGCAGUGAAGGGCACUUGGGACCUCUUGGAGGUCGAGGGCUAGUGGGAAGACAAGGCAGAAAAGGAUAUCCUGGUCUGCCUGGACCUGAAGGCAUUAAGGGAGAACGAGGGGACACGGGGAUUAUUGGCAAGAAUGGCGAGCCGGGUGCUGUUGGUUUACCUGGGCCUUCUGGUCCCAGUGGAAUACUUGGCGAAAAGGGUGAUCGAGGUGAUCCAGGCCCCUUGGGUUCUCCUGGAGAAAAAGGAUCCAUGGGUUAUAUGGGAUCUCCAGGAAUCCCUGGUCCAAUAGGGCUCCAAGGGCUACCAGGUCUUCCAGGAGGACGAGGAUUACAAGGCCCUCGAGGUCCUAAAGGGAGGAGGGGACCACGAGGUCCAGAUGGUCCUUCAGGAGAACCUGGGUCACAAGGUAACAAGGGAGAAAGAGGCGAACCUGGCCUGAAAGGUGAAAAUGGACUUAUUGGCAAAGCAGGAAAUCCUGGAGAAAGAGGCAUUCAAGGAGCCCCAGGUCUGGCGGGGUUUCCAGGAAGCAGAGGAGAUUUGGGACCCGCAGGGCCACCGGGCCCUCGAGGACAACAAGGAGAUGCCGGGCCCGUCGGAGAAAUUGGACUUGAGGGAAUUUCAGGUGCUACGGGUGAUGCUGGUCACACGGGGGAUCCUGGGACGAAGGGUGAAGUUGGACCAGCUGGAAAUGUCGGAGAACCAGGUCAACUGGGAUUAAGAGGGAACCAGGUCGGUGAACCUGGUGAUCGAGGUCGUCAAGGUGAGACAGGAGAAAGAGGCAACACUGGAGUUCGAGGAAGUGCAGGUUCAGUUGGAGGAUCUGGGAUAAAUGGCAUGCCAGGACCUGAAGGGAAACGUGGAAAGCGAGGACAACGGGGACGACAAGGCAAAAAGGGUGAAAGGGGCAAACAAGGGCCUUUAGGUGAAGGAGGUGACCCAGGUCGUCCAGGUGACGAAGGAAAACCAGGACCUAAAGGAGCAAGGGGGACACGGGGGCUGAUGGGAUCUUUUGGUUUGAUGGGUCCAAUGGGAGAACCAGGACUUUUGGGAUAUGGGGGUCAUCAAGGUCCACAAGGGUCUUCUGGACCACCGGGACCGAAGGGUGAAAAGGGCUAUCCAGGGGAAGCGAGCAGUGCCACAGGUCUGCCGGGGCCUCCAGGUGAACCAGGUCCCGUAGGUUCUCGUGGAGACCGGGGGGAGCCAGGGGAUGAUGGCUACAUGGGUUAUGAUGGUAUACCAGGACUGAGAGGGGCUGCUGGGCAGCAAGGAGUGCCGGGAAAUCCUGGCGAUCCGGGUGAACCAGGGCAUAAAGGAGAAAAAGGAUCCCAGGGUCCAAAAGGGACUAAAGGAACUCGUGGUGGAGCAGGCAAAGCAGGACUCCCAGGGAGCCCUGGACUAACAGGUCAGAAAGGAGCAGCAGGUUACCCAGGACGAGAAGGCAACCCUGGAAAUGUGGGAAGACCUGGCCUGCCUGGAGCGGUCGGAUAUCCUGGCAAUCCAGGUGAGCCAGGAUUAUCAGGGCUGGCAGGGUUUCCAGGGUUACGAGGACCACCAGGAAGGCCAGGCUUACUAGGUGACCGAGGUCAACGAGGAACAAAGGGAGAGAAAGGCUUACCUGGUGAAUCUGGGCAGCCAGGUGUGAAAAGAGGUCAGAUUGGAGUGCAAGGUAAUCAAGGAACAUUUGGUGAACCUGGUGCAAAAGGACAGCCAGGAGAGUCUGGUGAUCAAGGACUAAUGGGUUUUCAGGGUUUCAUGGGUCCAAAGGGUCCUGUAGGAGACUUUGGUUAUGCAGGAAUUCGUGGUCCAAAGGGGCCUGCAGGACUGUUUGGAUAUACCGGGCCAAUUGGACCAGCAGGAAUAGUAGGCCCUGCAGGAAAACCCGGUCCAAAAGGACAAAAAGGAAACAGGGGGGAAAUGGGUCCUCAAGGGCCUCGAGGACAGCCUGGUCCGCCUGGUCUACCGGGUGCAGCUGGCCUAUCGAAACAUGUGGACUUUGGUGCAGCUAUUCAAGCCUUGAUCGCAUCCAGUGAGGCUCUACAGAUUGUGAACUACCAAAAUACUGAAAUACCCUUUCCAGAACAGGGUGUAGAGAUAUUCAAAACUCUACACUACCUGAGCAAUCUAAUGCACAGUAUGAAGAAUCCUCUAGGAACGAGAGACAAUCCUGCACGCAUUUGUCGUGACUUGUUGAACUGCGAACAUCGAUUAUUAGACGGGAAAUACUGGAUAGACCCAAAUCUGGGCUGUGCUUCAGACACAAUAGAAGUAUUCUGCAAUUUUACUAAUGGUGGCCAAACCUGUUUAUACCCAGUCAGUGCAUCUAAGUUGCAAUUUGGCAUUGGGAAGGUCCAGAUGAACUUUUUGCAUUUACUGAGUUCAGAAGCUGUCCAGACCCUCACAAUCCAUUGUCUCAAUAUCCCAGUCUGGAUGAACGCCACCAACACAGAUCCCUACGCUAAUUCUAUAAGGUUCCGAGGAUGGAAUGGGCAGAUAUUUAAAGCAAACACACGAUUUCAACCAAUGGUGCUAAAAGACGAAUGCAAGAUUCAAGACGGCAGCUGGCGACAGACACAGUUCUUUGUUCAUGCUCAGGAUGUGAAUCAGCUUCCAAUUGUUGAAAUUCAGAAGCUCCCACAAUUCAAGCCAGGAAAGCAGUUCCAUGUAGAAGUUGGCCCUGUAUGCUUUCUGUAGUGAAUAAUGAAUUAUUCCUUAGAAGCUCUGCGAGGAAACAACUACCUGAGGGUUAAAUCCUUUACUUGGGUAACUGUUUUGAAGAGGAAAAGGAAGAAGUUCGUGGAAAAUCUAAGAACAGUUUAGAAACAAAUUACAGUGCAUUUUUUAAAAGCAACUUCUCAGGAAGAAUGCGUUAAUGGCGUUGCUUUACGGAAUUCUAAAUAUAAAGGGUUUGCAAGGCCAAUAGAUUUAAAUCCUGCACAAUAUUUUUGGCUUCCUUUUGAAAGCUCCUUUAAAUGUUGAAAGGAAUAAACCGUUUCAGUAAACAAUUACAUUUUUGUUUUCAACUUGCUCAAUUACUGUAAUGCUGACCCUAAAGAAAGGGAUAAAUUCCUAUUAGCAGGCAGCACUGAUGACUAUGUUGCGAAAUGUGCAAUCGUCUUUGGAUGAGUGUGAAAUCCGACUAAAUAGCAGCAUCCAGUUCAUCAAUCUUCUCUUCAAUUUGAUAUCUUUGUUACAAUUUGGAUGUUUGACACUUAAGGAACAGUCCUCUACCUCCUAUGUGUUGCCUGUUGUUCACCAUCUGUGCUUAUGUUUUUUUUAAGAAGAAAGGGUGCUAUUUGUUUCAUUGUGGAAAGGUUUUGAGAUUAUUUUUUUCAAAUUGUAUGUACUGGCUACAUUCAGUAUUUUCAGUUUUAAAAGAACUUAUUUGGUCAUUUAUUUCUAUCAAAACAUUAUUUAUAUGAACUGUGUAAUUAUGCCACUUAAGUCGUCUAUUGGUUUACUUUGUGGAUGUGCUGUACAGAUUGGCACAGUUUAUUUGGUGGCUGUAGAUAGACCAGUAGAAGGAAUGUUGUAGAACGACUACAUAGUUUUUGUUCAGCUUCUAAGGUUGUAGCUUGCUAUUAUAUUGUCAUUAAAUCUUUAUCAUUCGAUGACAUCAAGCAAAAUGUUACUUGUGCAGAUUUUGUAUAGUUUAUCAGGCUGUGACAAUGAAUCAAUUUUUGAGAAAAAUGAAUUAUUACAAGUUUCAAAAAACAAUUUACUAACUUAACGGAGGCAGAUCGUAUUAGCGGGGUGCGGAACUGUAUACCCAUUUGAUCAUGCUUAUUUGAAGGCUGCUGAUAUUGCUGUCAUAAUAAAUGCUGAAUAUUAAAUACAUAAUAGUUGGGGCAGAGUCAUUGAAAUUAUAAUCUGAACAAGCUGGUCUUUGCUCAUUAAAUAUUUUAUCAUCAAGUCAGACUGUUCUUGGCGUAGUUUCAUGUUUCCAAAUAAUUGUAACUGGUUGUCACAGCCCAAGCUUGUUUUAGAUCAUGAAAUAGCAAUUUGUUUUAAAUUGCUGCUACUAAGUUAUCAUACUCACUAUCUGCCUAUUCCAUCACGGUGGUGAUUCUGCUAUGCAAAAGCUAGUACUAUACAGGGUUCCUUUUUUAGAAUUACUGUGUUGACCAUUUUUAGUUAUACUUUACAUUUUCCAAUAUCUCAUUUAGUUCUUGUGCCUCUUAUUACAGUGGUUGUGAGGGGAGUAGAACUAGAUAUUUUAAUAGAGGAUUGGUUCUAAUCAGGAGCAUUCUUCAUUCAGAUGGGUUGUAGCAAUAAAAGUUUAUUUAUAAUGUUAAGUACCUCUUCAAUUGUUUGCAUGAUUUUGGGAAACAGCAACAUUUUCAUAAUUGCUUAAACUAUGUCCAAUGGCUCUUUUGGAUGAUUAAUAAUCAAAAGUCAUAAAGGAAAGUCGGUAUUUAAAUAAAAUUCCUCUCAAAUAGUCCAAAAAGGUCCUUAUUGUAACAAUUGCAUUUCUACCACCAUUAAUACUCCAAACUAGAUUGUCUGCUUGCAAGCCAGGUAUUCACAAUCAGUUGUCGGCUUCNAAAAAAACAUGUGCCUUAAGAUCACUUGAGCUUUAUGCAUCAUGUGAAAUGGUAAAUUCCUACAUAAAUGUAGAGAUCAGCCUGUUUCAGUUUAUCUGAGACAGUUCGCCACCUGAGUCAAGUGGACGUUAAAGAUCCCAUGACCCUAUUCAAAAAGUGAGGGAGUUGUUGGCUAACAUCUCCCAAAUAUAGUCAUUUAUUUUAUAGCAGUUUGUGGGACAUUGAUAUGUGCAAAUUGGUUGCUGCAUUUG